CGUGCUCCGCCGCAGCCUGACGUCGGCGGCGGUGUCUUCGUUCAUCUCGUUUGCCCUAGCUCCGGGAUCGGAUUCGCUUUCUAAGCUGUCUUCGUAUCUUUCAAAGGAAGAUGAGCAUGAAAUGGAUGUGGAUACAGCAACACUGGCCGUUCAAAUUUCUGGGAAGCAUGCUGUGCCGGAGCUUGUGAUCUACUGCUACCUGCUUGUACUGAUAUUUCUGAUAGACCAAAAGAGAUAUGAUGAGGCCAAAGCUUGUUCUUCUGCAAGCAUUGCUCGCCUGAAGAACAUGAAUAGAAGAACAGUAGAUGUUUUAGCAUCUCGUCUAUACUUCUAUUAUUCAUACAGCUAUGAAUUGACGGAUAGCCUGGCUGAAAUUCGUGGGAAUCUACUUGCCUUGCACCGCAUGGCCACACUUCGUCGUGAUGAACUUGGUCAGGAAACCCUUCUUAAUUUGCUUCUUCGCAACUACCUCCAUUACAACUUGUAUGAUCAAGCAGAGAAGCUGAGGUCCAAGGCACCCCGCUUUGAGGCACACUCAAAUCAACAGUUCUGUCGGUACCUAUUCUACCUUGGAAAGAUUAGGACCAUUCAGUUAGAAUAUACUGAUGCUAAGGAGAGCCUCCUCCAAGCUGCUCGGAAAGCACCAGUUGCAGCCCGAGGCUUCCGGAUUCAAUGCAACAAGUGGGCUAUUAUCGUCCGCCUUCUGCUGGGCGAGAUCCCUGAACGAACUGUCUUCAUGCAGAAAGGAAUGAAGAAGGCGCUUACACCUUACUUUGAGCUAACAAAUGCUGUAAGGAUUGGUGACCUGGAGUUAUUCCGCUCAGUUGCUGAGAAAUUCUCAUCCACUUUCAGUUUGGACAGAACUCACAACCUAAUUGUGAGGUUGCGGCACAAUGUCAUAAGAACUGGGCUAAGAAACAUCAGCAUCUCAUACUCUCAGAUAUCAUUAGCCGAUGUAGCCAGUAAACUAAGAUUGAACUCAGAAAACCCAGUAGCAGAUGCUGAGAGUAUUGUAGCCAAGGCUAUCAGAGAUGGAGCCAUCGAUGCAGCCAUCGAUCAUGCGAAUGGAUGGAUGGUGUCUAAGGAGACUGGAGAUGUGUACUCGACCAAUGAGCCUCAGUCUGCUUUCAAUACUAGGAUUGACUUCUGUUUGAAUAUGCAUAACGAAGCGGUUAAGGCUUUGAGGUUUCCUCCGAAUUCGCAUAAGGAGAAGGAGAGCGCUGAGAAGAGGAGAGAGAGGCAGCAGCAGGAGCAGGAGCUCGCUAAGCACAUUGCUGAGGAGGAUGACGACGACUUUUGAGCUCCGGAAAGUUUCUAUUGGCCCCGAGAGGGGUUCUGGGGCAAUAUAUAUUCAGUUUUUAAGGAAGAAAUUUAACUCCAUAUUUAUUUAUGAUCAGGAUGCAUUUUAACUUUCCUUACAAUCUGAAUGUCUGCGAGCAGGUUCUAGCCUGCUACUUUUAAUUUUUUCUACUGCGUUGUCUAAAAAAGAUACUGAAGACAGGUUUAUAUACUUUGAGAUAGGGGAUCGUAUUAAUUCAUGAUUAUUUACCUA